CGUAGAAUUGUUGAACAGAACUUUACUUGGCACAAAACUUUUGGAAAACAUCACAAAAUUUGGUUUCCCUCUUAACCUAAACCUUUACUUCCCACAAACCCUAUACCCAAUCUGAGAAAGCACAAUCUUCCUCACACGAGACAGCAAUCCGCUCUCCAUCACCACCUCUCGCCGCCGCCGCUCUCUCUUAAUCACCACAAUUGAACGGUGUUUUGUUUACCCCAAUCGAUCCGGCGAUUCUCUCUCCAGAUUUGCUCUUCAAUAACGAUGGAUCCUGGAAAAUUUGACCCAAGACACACUGGAGAGUUGUUGAAGCAUAUGGAUAAGCAGAAUGAGGUCCUUAUGGACGCAUACAGAUCAAUGUUGCAUGAAUUGCAAACACUUCAGGUGGAAGAAGAAAUGCUCAUGCGAAAGCUUUAUGAAGUUAUGUCCGUUCAUGGUCUCACUAAACAGAAUGAAGGCAACUCCAACACUUCCCAUAAUAACGCAGGAGCUGAACAGUCCAAUAAUGAAGUCAAUACAACUCAUGAGGAACAGUAAGGACAGUUCUGGUUCAACACAGAUCACCCACAGUUCUGAUGCAGUUAAACAUGCAUGACAUUGUUGAUGUAUCAUUUAGUGGGUUGAGCAUUGUAUGGAGAAGACUUAUAGAAGCAUCAGUGAAGAAAGUAGAUUAGGUGACAGAUUGUCGAAUAGUUAUUGGAAGACCAAAGUGUUUGCACUAUUCUUUUUACUACCGCAAAGAACCUUCAUCCAUCCUGGUCAAUUUUCUCGUAGAUUUGGGACGGUGUUUUCUUUUUUUGUAAAUAAAAGCACAGUUUUUUUUUUCUUUCUUUCUGGGCUGCAAGAAUUAAAAGAUUUUUAUCUUCUGUUGUUGACACUUGACACCAAAAAAAUGUUUUAUGUUUAAGCUUAAUGAUUGUGGAGUGAAA